AUGAGGUGCGGUGUGGCGUGCGUCCUGUUGGCACUUGCGCUGUGCUGUAGUUUGUUGGGUGCGAGUGCGGCGGAGAAGGAGGAGGUGGUGCAGGUUGAAGCGGCGUGUGCAGAUGUAAAUGUAAGCCGGUGGCGACCCAUUGGGAAAGAUUUGUGGUAUAACUGCUCUGAAUCAUCUUCCGGUUUAAAUGCCAUGAUUUGCAAAAUGGGCGACGGAAACUGUCAGGGCAAAGGUUUUGAAAGUGACGCAGUUUUCACCAUCAACAUCAGUUUUAUUGAUCCAACAACGAUGGAGAAGUGGUGGCAGAAAAACGUGGGGAAAGACACGCGGUCUUCUGUUGCAGUUUCACCUACUCUUUCUGAAGGUUCAUCGCAGUCGGUUGUGCCGGGUCAAAAAAAUGCUGAGAGCCCCGCUUCCCCGUCAACAAUGACAACGCAGAGCGGCAGUGGUGCAACAGAACGAGGGAAUAAUGCCCUGCAAUCAAAGGCGUCAGGUGACAACGAGGCUGGGACGGAGCACAAUGGUGGGAGUGAAGGAACGAGAGCCGGUGAGGCGGCAACAGGAGGUGGAGAUGCGGAUGCACCUUCAGAAGAAGAGGGGCAAGUCGUGAAGAGCCAAAGCGGUCCACAGGUCCCGUCAAAGGGUGAGGUCGCACGACCCAGAGAAGCAACGCCCACUUUGCCUUCAGGCGCAGAAGCUGCGACCCCUGGCGUUGAAACUCCGCCCAUUGAAGACUCCGCUGGUGGUGACUCGCCUGGACUGCCACAAGCACCCGAGACACCGCGGCCGCCGGGCGUGGCAGGCGGUGGUGUGGACGCGGAGAAAAAGUUGAUUCCCGCCGCUGCUCCCUCUAACACCACGCACAGCAGUACACAUAGGCGCAUUGCCGGUGAGGCGGACGGCAGCGACGUCAUCACUGCGUGGGCGCGUACACCGCUGUCGCUGCUGCUGCUGCUGCUGCUGACAUUUGUGUCUGCGCUCGUGUGA